AUUAUGAUUCUUUUCAUAUUCUAUUCUAAUAUUCUCGUAAGAAUUUUGUUUACAAAUCUGGACUUUGACAUAUGUUGGGUUGGUGGCGCCAUCUUAAUUUUAGUGUCAAUCGUAGUCAACAAAAGCGUGUUUUCAUGGAGCUCACUGGAGCUCACCCUGUUUUGCGGUUGAUUGCUCUCUAAUUAUAAUUAAGCCUGCGUAGUAUUCGUAGAUAAUCAGUAAAUAAUGUAACUUCGAGUAACACUUGAUAAAAAUAAGUUCGUGAGUUAUUUAAAAAGUGAGUAGUUGCGUAUCGCCAAAAUGACGGCUACAACAUUGCAAAACCAGGCCAAGCUGACCCCAGCGGUGCCGCCUAAGCCUCAGAAAACCUACGGGAAGAUCGUUCUAACGUUAUACAACCUCCUUUUGCCGGAGGCCGUGUUUAAAGAAACGCCCUCGCAAGCAGAUGGCCUUGACGUCGAGACCGAGACCGACUUACGUAUCUUGGGAUGUGAGAUGAUUCAAACAGCUGGCAUCCUGCUCAAACUGCCCCAAGUUGCCAUGGCGACAGGACAAAUAUACCUCCAGAGGUUCUACUACUCGAAGUCUUUUGUCAGAUACCCAAUGGAAAUUAUGGCCAUGGGUAGCAUCUACCUAGCCUCGAAAGUCGAAGAGAAGCCGUGCAGGAUCCGAGACGUGAUCAAUGUGUUCCACCACAUCAAGCAGGUGAGGGCUCAGAAGACAAUUAGCCCUCUGAUAGUAGACCAGAACUACAUAGAGUUGAAGAAUCAAGUUAUUAAAGCAGAAAGGAGGAUUUUAAAAGAGCUGGGAUUCUGUGUGCAUGUGAAGCACCCACACAAACUCAUUGUAGUCUAUCUGCAAGUGCUCACAUACGAGAAGAACCGCCAGCUUAUGCAGAUGGCAUGGAACUACAUGAACGAUGCUCUCCGAACUAAUGUCUUUAUGCGGUUCCCACCUGAGACCAUUGCCUGUGCUUGCAUUUAUUUAACAGCAAGGAAAAUAGGUCUUCCUCUGCCAAACAACCCUCAUUGGUUCCUGCUAUUCAAGGUUACUGAGGAAGAUAUUAGAGUGAUCUGUGCUUGCAUUCUGAAGCUCUACAAGAGACCUAAAGUUAAUCCUGAGGAGUUAGAGAACAAAGUGGAUAUGCAACGCAAAGCAUACCAAGCUAACAAAGUCCUUCAGGCAGCAAAAGAACGAGAGAUCGCUAAAGCAGAAGAGAAGAAAGUAGAAUCUCCCACUCCUUCAACCUCAAAGGAACCAAGUAGGAGGGAGACUAAAAAAGACAAGUCACCGAAAACCCCACCGUUAUCAUCUAAAUACCACAGCAGUCAUAAGUCAAAGAAAGACAGGCGGUCCCGUUCUCCAUAUGAACGUAAGAGAGAGUAUUCUAGCAGUAAUAGCAAGAGACAUAAGUCUCGAUCCCGAGACCGUGAGUUGGACCGCUCCAGGGAGAGACGCAAUGAUGACAAGAGAGGCCGCGGGAUGUCCCGCAAGUAUGAUGACUAUGACCGAUCUAAGUCCAGCCGGGACAGUAGGGAUGACAAACGAAAACAUUAGAAUUUUAACUGUUAAUGAUCAAUGAAUAUGUAAUAGAUUAAGGUUGAAAUAAAAUCCUGUUCAAUUCAAAUUUAA